AGGGAUGCGCAACCGAGGGGCUCAAACACGUGCUAAUGUGGCAUGUACUGGAGGAAGUGGAAAUCGUGUGAACAACCUAGAAAAAAGAAUCUUGACAUGACAGGUUUAACUAGUGAGCAAUGGAAGGUAUUGGUUGAUAUGAUUAACAAACAAAAACCAGCUGAAUCUGAGAAAAUGACUGGUAAGAGAAUUUGGGAUUUGUGGAUCAUCAAUAGUGGUGCUUCUAACCACAUGACAGGUACCUUGAAAAUUUUGUGUGAAAAAGGACCAUUCCAGGAUGCCCAGUGGGGCUGCCUAACGGUGAGCAGGUGCUUGCUUGCAAACAAGGAACUGUGGUUCUUGACGGAGGACUUCAGUUGAAAAAUGUCCUUUAUGUACCAAAAUUAAAAUGCAACUUGCUUUCUGUUCCACAAUUGACUGAUGAAGAAAACUGUGUUGUAUAAUUCACUGACAAGCUGUGUAUUAUGCAGGACCGCACUUCGAGGAAGAUGAUUAGAGCGGGUGAACAGAAGGAUGGGCUCUAUUGGUAUCGUGGUGUGCACAAGGCUCAAGCAAGUCAUAUCAAAGCUGAAAAUAAAUUGACUCUGUGGCAUAAGAGAUUGGGACAUCCAUCAUUUAAAAUUGUGCAAAUGAUCCCUAAUGUGAGUAACAAAUGUACUAGCGAAGAGGUGAAUAAAAUUUGUGAAAUUUGUGAAAAAUCCAAACAAACAAGAGAUAAGUUUCCAUUAAGUGAUAGUCAUGCUUCAAGUAUUUUUUAUUUGAUUCAUUUUAACUUGUGGGGACCUUAUAAAACUCCGUCGUUAUGUGGAGCCUCAUAUUUCUUAACCAUUGUGGAUGAUUGCUCACGGGCUGUUUGGAUAUAUUUGUUAAAAGAAAAGAUGAAAGUGUCUGUUACGUUGAAAAAUUUCUUUGUUCUGGUUGAAAAACAAUACAAUAAAUGCGUCAAAAUGGUGCGAUCUGAUAAUGGAACAGAGUUCAUGUGUUUAAAGCAGUACUUUAUGCAACAAGAAGUGGUUCAUCAAACUUCGUGUGUCAGAACUCCACAACAAAAUGGAAGAGUAGAGCGCAAGCACAGACAUAUUCUAAAUGUUGCCCGGUCCUUGUGAUUCCAAGGUAAUCUCCCUAUUGAGUUUUGGGGAGAAUGCGUUUUAACUGCCGGGCACCUAAUCAAUCUCACACCGUCCUUAGUGUUGAAAGGAAAAUCUCCAUAUGAAAUUAUUCAUGGAAGAGUUCCCAGUUAUGAACACCUGCGAGUUUUUGGUUCUUUGUGUUAUGCUCAUAACCAAAGUAGGAAAAAUGACAAAUUUGACAGUCGAAGUAGGAAAUGUGUGUUUGUCGGGUAUCCGUUUGGGCAAAAAGGAUGGAAGUUGUUUGAUUUGGAAAAGAAAGUUUUUCUUGUAUCUCGUGAUGUCCAUUUCAUUGAAGGUGUGUUUCCCUUUCGUGAAGCCCAAAGAGCAAACUCACGAGUUGACCAAAUUGAGCCCCCAAUGCUAGAGCAUGUUUUUGAAGAGGACACUCCAAUUAGGUCAAUUUUCACUUCCCCCACAGUUGAGCCCAUUCCUCCAAAUCAAAAUGAGACUCUAGAAUAUUCACCCACUGCACCUGACAUCCAAGACAGGGGGGACAUGAGCUCCGAGAUGACCCAUAUAAGGACGUCGUCAUCCCCUCCAAAAUCAGCACCGAAGAAACAGUGCCUAUCUCCGAUUUGCCACCAACCGCAACCGAAGCCCCCUUGGCCAUGGACACCGUGUGAAAAUUCCCUCUAUCAAGCUGCGCGACUUUGUCACCACCGCCACUGUCCAAAAGAGCUCCUCCGUCCAGAAUCCGACUUCAUCAACUUCCUCAUGUGUGUCCUAUCCUAUACAAAACUUUGUGAAUUGUAACAAUUUCUCUGACCAACACCGCAUUUUUCUUGCUUCAUUACAAGCCGAGCAAGAACCUCGGUCCUUCUCCCAAGCUGUCACAGAUUCGCGAUGGCGAGAUGCCAUGCCCAAAGAAAUUCAAGCACUGGAAGUUAACAACACGUGGAAACUCACACCUCUUCCUCCAGGAAUGAAAGCUUAUGGUUGUAAGUGGGUUUAUCGAAUUAAAUACAAUUCUGAUGGGUCAGUCGAGCGAUUCAAAGCACGGUUGGUCAUCUUAGAAAAUCAACAAGUGGAAGGACUAGAUUACAAUGAAACGUUCUCUCCGGUGGCAAAGAUGUUGACCAUUUGAACAACUCUUGCCGUUGCAGCAGCCCGGAUUGGGAACUUCACCAAAUGGAUGUCCAUAACGCCUUUCUGCAUGGCGACCUUGAUGAAGAUGUGUACAUGAAGCUCCCACCCGGGUUCCAAGUGUCUCAGCCAAGCUUAGUGCGUAAACUUCAAAAAUCCAUCUAUGGCUUGCGACAAGCUCUGCAUUGUUGGUUUGCAAAAUUAUCCUCUGCCCUUACUCGAUUUGGUUUCCAGCAGUCACAAAAAGACCAUUCCUUGUUUAGUCUCUGUAAAAAUGAUGUCCACCUGGUUGUUUUGGUGUAUGUUGAUGACCUUGUGAUUGCAGGAAAUAAUGGUGAUGCAAUUAACAAAUUCAAACAGUACUUGCACAAGUGCUUUCACAUGAAAGACUUAGGGCGCCUGAAAUAUUUUUUGGGGGUUGAAGUUGCCCGAUCUUCCAAGGAAAUUUUUUUGUGCCAGCGAAAAUACGCCUUGGACAUCAUCACUGAAGCAGGUUUGCUGGCUGCUAAGCUCGCAGCUACUCCGUGUGAGGAAAAUCACCGGUUGGCAUCCGCUGCUGGCCUUGUUCUCUCUUAUCCUAGCAUGUAUCGCCGCUUCGUUGGAAGACUCAUAUAUUUGUGCUUCACCAGACCUGACCUCGCCUAUAAUGUUCAUGUUUUGUCCCAGUUUAUACAGAACCCACAUACUGAACAUUGGCACGCCGCUUUACGGGUUGUUUGGUAUCUAAAGGCACAUCCGGGGCAGGGCAUACUUCUACCUAAAGAAAAUGAUUUGCAACGCUUUGGCUGGUGUGAUUCUGAUUGGGCUGGCUGUCCGCUAACACGCCGGUCUCUUACAGGGUGGUUCAUUCAAUUCGGUACCGCCCCUAUCUCGUGGAAAACACAGAAACAACAAACGGUCUCCGCCUCUUCUGCUGAAGCUGAGUACCGCUCAAUGGCCAAGACAACCAGGGAAUUAAUAUGGAUAAAGGAUAUACUAUCCUCGCUGCACGUAUCGCAGCCUGCUCCCAUUCGCUUGCACUGCGAUAGUCAAGCGGCGCUUCACAUUGCUAAAAAUCCAGUCUUCCACGAACGUACCAAAUACAUCGAAGUCGACUGUCAUUUUGUCCGGAAUGAAAUCAUACACAAUCGACUAUUACCUUCUUAUGUUCCUACUCAUCUCCAACUAGCUGAUAUUUUCACCAAGGCUCUCGGGACGAAACAGUUUGGGAAGCUCUUAGUCAAGUUGAGCAUUCAAAAUUUAUACGCGCCAACUUGAGAGGGGGUAACAACGGUCAACAUAAGUUAUAUAUAGAAAUGUCAAUUAAAAAAUUUGGUUAUUUAUGUAUAUAGCAAUCUGUCAUAUAUAUUUUUGGUAGGAAUAAAUUAGGAUAACAAAUCAAGCUGCUAUAUUAGGAAAAAAUUUACUGUGAUUUGUUGAUUAGAGUAUAUAUAUAUAGAAAGUUUGUAUCAAAAACAAAAAGGACAAUUACCAUUUCUUAUUAUUAUCUUUUUUCUUUUUCUGGUCAAAAGGUGAUAUCUAUCUAGGCAAAGUAUUUCAUGGAACUCUUAUAAAAAGUUCUAUCAAAUUGAGUUAACUAAAAUAUUUAUAAAUUAGGAACAAAACUCUUAAAAAUUUAUUAACCACCCUUUUAACCCUUCUUUUUAAUGGUUGUAAUUCUCACCAUACUCUAUUUUAUCCACAUUUUUCACAAUUUAAAAAUUAGGCUCA